AUGGUCAAUACUUGGCUUGGCUUUUGUCAGUGCUUCAACAUUGACGUCACACAUCCACGGAUCUUCAGUGGCCCAGAUGACGCUCUCUUCGGUUUUUCCGUGUUACAGCAUGAAAUUGAGGGAGAGAAAUUAAUGCUGGUCGGCGCUCCUUGGGACGGGCCUCCCAACAACAGGAAAGGAGACGUGUACAAAUGCGCCAUGGGAGAGGACAGUAACUCCAACUGCAGCAAAUUAAAUUUAGGGGAGGUGGCCUUCCAGAACAUAUCCAAAAACCUGAAGAACGCUCAUCUGGGAAUGACCCUCACUCCAGACUCCCCCGAUGGCCUCUUGGCGUGCGCACCACUGUGGUCUCAGGAGUGCGGAACGUCCAUGUUCAGCACCGGCAUCUGCGCCUCUGUCAGCGACGACCUCGAGCCAAGAGAGACCAUUGCUCCGACAGCGCAACGGUGUACAACAUACAUGGACAUUGUGAUCGUGCUGGAUGGCUCCAACAGCAUCUACCCCUGGUAUGAGGUUCAGAGCUUUCUCAGCAACAUCCUCAGCAAGUUCCACAUCAGCGCAGACCAAAUGCAGGUGGGAAUCCUGCAGUAUGGUGAGGUGGCGGUCCACGAGUGGUCCCUGAAAGACUACCAGACCACACAGGAGGUGGUGGAGGCGGCCAAGAACAUCAGCCGCCAGGAGGGACGAGAGACACGCACCGCAUACGCCAUCAACAUGGCCUGCACUGAGGCUUUCAGUGCCGAGCGAGGGUCAAGGGAGGGGGCCACCAAGGUGAUGAUCGUGGUAACGGACGGAGAGUCGCACGACGGCGAGGAGCUGCCCGACGCUCUGCUGGAGUGUGAGACCAGGAACAUCACCAGAUACGCCAUAGCUGUCCUUGGCCACUACCACCGGAGGCAGCAGAACCCUGACACCUUUAUCAACGAGAUCAAGUACAUCGCCAGCGACCCCGACGACAAGUACUUCUUUAACGUGACGGACGAGGCGGCGCUCAACGACAUCGUGGACGCUCUGGGAGACCGUAUCUUCUCACUUGAAGGGACACUGGGCAACCAGAGCUCCUUCCACAUGGAGAUGUCCCAGAUCGGCUUUUCCACACACAUGCUGGAUGACGGAAUUCUGUUCGGGAUCGUCGGCGCUUACGACUGGGAUGGCGGCGUGCUGAAGGAGGGCACCAAUGGGAGAAUUAUGCCCGCCAGGGAAGCCUUUGAGAGCGAGUUCCCCCUGGAGCUCAAAAAUCAUGCUGCUUAUCUCGGCUACACAGUGUCGUCUGUGGUGGUCGGAGACUGGAAGAGGCUGUAUGUGGCGGGCGCUCCACGCUUCAAGCACAAAGGCAAAGUCGUCCUAUUCGAGCUCAGCAACUACGGCGACGUCAACAUUGUGCAGGCCCUCAAUGGAGAACAGAUUGGUUCUUACUAUGGAAGUGAGCUGUGUGGUCUAGAUGUCGACCAGGACGGAAUCACUGAUGUGCUCCUAGUUGCAGCUCCCAUGUACCUGGGCUCCGGGAACAAGGAGGCCGGUAGAGUCUACAUCUACACUCUAAGUGGGGAAGAGGUGUUCGUCUCAAAUGGUACCCUGAAAUCAGACGAAAAAUCCCAAGAUUCCAGGUUUGGCUAUGCCAUGGCCAUCGCGCCAGACCUAAACCACGACGGAUUCACUGACCUGCUCGUGGGUGCCCCAUUGGAGGAUGACCACCGAGGAGCUGUCUACAUGUACCACGGCCAAAAUAUUUACAUCAUCCACAACUAUAAGCAGCGUAUUCCGGGGGUGUCAGUGUCCCCGUCCUUGCAGUAUUUUGGCCGCAGUAUCAGCGCCAGGUUGGACUUGGAUGGAGACGGGCUGAUUGACUUGGCGGUUGGGGCCCACGGCAGUGCUGUGCUGCUCAGAUCACGAAGCAUCGUGCAGAUCAACGUCAGUCUGUCCUUCCAGCCGCACUCCAUCAACGUCAUCCAAAAGACGUGCCAGCGCGGUGGCCGAGAGUCCGCCUGCCUUGACGCGAAUGCCUGUUUCACAGCCGUGUCACGUUCUCCUGGGUCACGCAGCAAUGGCUUUGACUUGUGGGUAGCAGCCAUGUUGGAUGACAGGAAGUUGUCAGCUCGGGCGCUUUUUGACGACAGCUCCCACAGGCUGACCCAGCUGGCGGUGCGAGCUCACACGGGACAGACUUUGUGCUACAAGCUGCCCUUCCACGUCUAUGACACGGCAGACUACAUCCGCCCGAUCAGCUUCUCGCUGCGCUUUAAGAUCAACAACACAGAGAGCGGUCCCGUGUUGGACGAGGGCUGGCCGACGUCCGUCAAGAAAUAUAUCCCCUUCUUUAAAGACUGUGGAGAAGAUGACGUGUGCACCACUGACUUGGUGCUGCAGGCCCAGAUGGACAUCUCUGGGACCAGACAUAAGCCUUAUGUGAUUCGCAGUCCUCGUAGGCGUAUGUCAGUGGAAGUUCAGCUGGAGAACAGACUGGAAAACGCCUACAACACAAGUCUGACACUGCACUAUUCACGAAACCUGCAUUUCUCCAGCCUCAGUAUUAGGGAGGACGCCAACUUCAAGAUCGAGUGUACAGGUCUGGGCUCCAACAGCUACUCGUGUAACGUCAGCUACCCGGUGUUUCGCUCCCAGUCCAAGGUGAACUUCAUGCUGGAGUUUGAAUUCAGCUGCACCACUCUGCACAGUCGAGUCCAAAUGAAGCUGAACGCAGCCAGCGACAGCGUGGAACGACCGGACACUUUAGGGGACAACAGUGUUCAGCUGCAAAGUUUUGUUCAGUACGAGCCCGACCUGUUUGUCAGCAGGUAUACAUUUUUUCUCUCCUGCUCCUCCUGCAGCGACUCUAAUUUAAACCGAUAUGAAGUGCAUCCCACACGGACAAUAUCGGAAGCCAUUGGACCGGAGUUCUACACGCACUUUAAGCUCCAGAACUUGGGUUGUUAUCCGGUGAGUAAUCUGGAGCUGAGGCUGCUUCUGCCCGCCGUGGCUGCGGAAGACAGAGUCUUCGUGACCGUAACAGACAUCUCCUCGCACAAUGCGACAGCUGUGAAUUGCAGCGUGCUAAGCGAUUUGGCCCAGCUGAAGGGUCGGCAGAGAGACGUGCGCCCCCUCCACCCCGAAGACAUGAUGCAGGAUGAUGUCCUGAACUGCAGCAGAUCAUGGUGCAUAGAAGUUACAUGUCAAGUCCAGCAACUCCUGAAAGGACAAGCUGAACUCAUUCGCCUUAGUCGCAGAGUCCACGACGACUUUUUCAGACAGGCCAAAUAUAAGUCAGCAAGGAUCGUCAGCUUGUAUCAGAUCGCGCCUCACGAGACCAACCUCAUCACCCUGGCAACAGGAACAGUGUGGCGAGAGACUGUACUGGAGGUGCUGAAGGGAAGAGCCAUUCCCAUCUCACUCUGGAUUCUUAUUGGGAGCAUCAUUGGUGGUUUGCUGCUACUGGCGCUCAUCAUCUUCAUACUAUGGAAAGUAUGCAUGUAUAUUUCUGUUCAUCAAGUAAACUUGCUUCAUUGUAGAGUUCACAGUCUAAUUCGGUGUCACUUCUCAACAGCUUGGCUUCUUCGCACGCAAACACAGAGAAGAUGA